AUGGGGGAGAACCAGCCACCCAAGCUCUCAAAAGCCGACAAACUGGCAUUGAUUGUGACUCACCUGCAGACCACGGGAACCUGUUACACACUCAAGGAACUCGAAAAGAGUUUACCUGCCGUGGCAUCUAUCAACAGCAUCCAAGUGAAAGAAUACAUCCAGGCACUAAUUGACGAAAACCAAAUUCGGGUAGACAAGAUCGGCAGCGGGAACUGGUACUGGAGCUUCGGAAGUGACGAAAAGGUCGAGCGGGAGCGGCAGUUGGCCCGGGUGUAUACGGAGGUGGAGAAAGCGAAGAAAUCCUGUAGCGAGUGGGAAGCGGCGCUGGCUGCUGAAACUGCCCGACGAGACGAAUCUGACGAGGAGCAUGAGGUCGGGAUCGACAUGCGCCAGAAUUUACUGGUCACGAAAGCCGAGCUUGCAGCAGAAGUCCAUCGGCUUCGGGUGGCAGAGACGGGGUUGGGCGACCCAGUGUGUAAGAAAGGGGUUUUGAUGCUACAGGGGGAGUUAGCGGGGUUCAGGCAGCAAGCGUUGCAGUGGACGGACAAUCUGUGUAUUCUGGAGCAGUAUCUGCGUGAAUUGGCCGGCGGGGACCCGCAACUGGUCGCGGCGGUUCUGCACGAAUGUUAUGGAGACGAGUACGUGGACGGAGGCCUGCGUGAGCUGGAAUAG